AAAUUCACUUGAGUCAUGGAGAGUCUUGUGGAUAUCUGCCGCCCCCUCAGCUUCUUUUGGGACAAUCUCAAGCUCAAAUCGCUUUUAGUUUCGGUCUCGGACACACUUUGUGAUCGGCGCUGGUCUCGUACACUUCGCUCCCCGGACAGCUCUCUGUUUGCUCAGAAAAACGGGAAAACAAUGUUUUGCUGUAGAAUAUUUUUGGUUGUUUCUUUGGCGAAUUUCCUUCGCGACCUCCAUGUGUCCAGCUGUGAUCCAAGCUGUGCAGAGAAACCUGAGUUCACUCCUUCCAGACUGGUGGUGAAGUAUGGUGACGCAACCUCUGCCAGAUGCUCCGUGUGCGAGUCCUGCUCAAAAAACAUUUAUAAUUUGGAAAGAGCUCUGGGAAGCCAUACAAUAAAUGGAACCACAAUUGUAUGGAAGGUUGAAAAGAUGACUGAAUGGGACACAAAUACAAUGUGCUAUUUUACUAAUGAUACUACUAAUCAUCAGUGUUGCACCACCCUGCCUAUAACUGUGUACAAGCCUCCAGACCGUGUCUCCAUCAGCUUUCUUAAUCACACUGGGCCGAUGUUCAUGGGCCAUGACUACGCUCUGCAGUGUGAAGUACAGAACGUUGCUCCUGUUGAAAAGCUCAGUGUGACGUUCUACAGAGGACAAACAGCACUGACUCAACUACAGUCCAACAACACACACAAGAAACCAGUGACUGAGAUCUUCUCUCUGAGCAUCACCCCCAGAAAAGAAGAUAAUGGAGUCCAGUACUGGUGUGAGGCCAAGCUGGAACUGGGACCUGAAGGACCAGAGCUCCCUCCACUGGUGACAUCACAAAGAGCCACUGCCACUGUUUUCUAUAAACCUCAUCUAGAGACAUCAGAUCCAGAGACUGUCACCAUCACAGAGGGGCAACGUCUACAACUGAACUGCACGUCUGUGGGAAACCCCAGCCCCUCAUACACCUGGAAAAUCCCUCCAGCUAGUCCUUCCCCCUGGAAUAGCAGCGUUAUCACUAUCGAAUCUGUAACUUUUGAGCAUGGAGGCUGGUACACCUGUGAUGUUCGCAACAGCGUGGGGAAAAUCACUGUGAUGUAUAAUGUGGAUGUCAAAGCCGACAUCACCCCAUACAUUAUAUAUGGGGGAGUAGGAGGUGGGCUUCUGCUUAUCUUCUUCACAACGAUAGUAUUAAUCCACUGCUACAAACACAACCGAAUGGGACAAUACAAUCUGAAGGACGUUUUUCGUUUGCACACACGACACGUUGCUGUGCCCAUCACAGAGUAAGUCUGUGGGAAACUAUGAAAUGAGCAUGGACAGUCUGGAGCAGUUAUUUUGUACAUAGAUACAGUGUUUAAGAAGUCCAGCAUCAAAUUGAAUGUUUGGCAAUGGAUUGUUGUUACAUCUCCCUCACCAUCAUUUCCUCUCAUCUUUCUACUGACACUAUCUGAUGACAUAAAAUACCCCAAAUAAUAUGAUAACAGAAGAGUUUAAUUCAAGUUUGAACUUGUGUAACCUAAGUGAUGAGUGGAACAAGUCACUAGACUCAACUGCUGUGUUUGUGAAAGCUUCAGUUUGCUGUUAGGCACAGCUGUAUUUAGCCCGACCCCACCAGAAGUCUCUGUGUCUCAACUUAACUCAUACUAACCACAAGGUAUGAGUUAAGUUGAGACACAGUUAGUUGAAACUUAGGUUUUAGGCCAUAUACUGAUGUAUUAAAGGGGAGAUGUCUGCACCAAAGGGUAUUUCAAAAAUUACAAGUGUGAAGCAAAUAUCAUAUUUUGUGGCACAUUUUGUUUUGUUUUUUUUAAGCCAGAGAGAGAAUCGUUUGUUGUUAUUUCUCUGCCAAAAUUGUGUUAUUCUAUAUUUCUAUUGUUGUUGACAGUUUUUUUUAUAAAAAGAUUAAAACCAACAAUGUGUUAAUCUCUCAAUACUUCAGUACUUUCCUAUGUACUGUCUGUGGCACUCAGACCCAAGCCCAUUCAUUCCUGCUGAAGACAUGAAACACGUAUAUUUAUAAAAAAGGUUCAGCAAUUUCAUAAGACAGCUGAGCACAGUUGUUUUUAGCAAACAUUAUUGACAAAACUUACUUGUGCUUUUGUUGAGGCUCUCAAAAUUAAGCCACUUUAGGGCCCACUUAAGUUUUAUAACGUCUGCAUUGUAUCAAACAGAUUUGUAACUGGUUACCACAAAAUAUUUGCCACACAGACACCUGGGGUCUUCGAAGCCCCUGAUGCUCUAGUGCUCAACAACCGUUGCCUGCUUGUUGAUCUAGUCUUGAGUAAGCUGUAUUCUUGAACUAAUGAGUUUGAUACUGUACAUGGAGGGCCUGUGGCUAUUGCUGUCAUUUGUGCGUCUUACUGUCCUCUGUCCUAACCUGUCAUUUCAUUGGCUUUAGAACACCCACACUGCGUCACACUGCCUCACAUUUACAUGUAAAUGUAGAUUAAUGUGCAUUGUUAUUGCUGUUUCACAUAAUUGGACCAGUUUCAACUGCAGUUGUAUUGGGGUAGUUGAUGAAAAAGGAUGAAAUUCUCUAAGUACAUUGAAACAGUGCAGAUUGUUGGAUAAUAACAUAUGAAAGUAGUGUAUAAAUAAAGCAGACUUUCCUUUUCUUUGCAAUUAGUAAAACAGUAAAUUGCAGCAUCACUACUAUUUUGUCAUUUACUAAGGGAAGUGGGAAAUUAUGUUCAUGAUAACAUAUCCGUAUUAUGCAUUGUUCUUUCGUUCAGGUGAACAUGCUGUUUUGCUGUUUCUCAUGAUUUUAUUUUGGGUAUGUAACUACAACGAACUUUAUAGCUUUAUAUAGAGAAGUGCUACACUGAGGAAGUUGAAUAUGUGAAAACUCACACACUGAAGUUCACAGCUGCUACUAUACCACAGAAAGCUUGAGCCUGACCUCAAUAACCAACUUCCAUCAGCAUGUACUCACUGUGUGUAUGACAUGAUUCAUACAAGCAAAUGCUGUAUAAUGAUGAACUUUACACUGGAACUUAAUUAAGGAAAUAUAAGCUUCGAUCAGUUUAUUUUUAAAGCAUGAAUAAAUGGUAUCACUUC